AUAGAAUGGACUCUUCCUUCCUUUAUAGGAUCAAAGUUUAGGCUGUACCUAUUUCCUUUAACUAUCCUCUUAUCAUUUUCAAAAGGCUUCUGGAUCAUGGAGCUGAAGAAUCUAACAGGCAUCCCAGAAUUCCUCCUCCUGGGCCUUUCUGAGAAUCCAAAACUGCAGCGCCUCCUUUUUGGCCUUUUCCUGUGCAUUUAUCUGAUCACUGUAGCUGGGAAUCUUCUCAUUACCCUGGUGAUCAGCUCAGACCCUCAUCUCCACAUACCCAUGUACUUCUUUCUCUCCAAUCUGUCCUUGGCUGACACUGUAUUCAUCUCUACUACGGUCCCAAAGAUGCUGGUGAACACCCAGACACAGAUCAAAUCCAUCACCUAUGUGGGCUGCCUGACACAAAUAUCCUUCUUUUAUCUCUUUGGGUGUCUGGACAGUAUGUUCCUCAGCGUGAUGGCUUAUGACAGGUUUGUUGCCAUCUGUCACCCCCUGCACUACACUGCUAUCAUGAACUCCCGCCUCUGUGGCUUGCUUGUUUUGAUAUCUUUUAUCAUUAGUCUUUUGGAGUCCUUAGUGCAUACUUUAAUGGUCUCACAACUUACCUUUUGUGCAGAUGUGGAAAUCCCUAGUUUUUUCUGUGACCCUCUACACCUCCUCAACCUUGCCUGUUCUGACACCUCCAAAAGUACCAUACUAGUAUAUUUUAUUAGUGCCAUCUUUGGUGGUGUUCCAGUCUCAGGGAUCCUUUUCUCUUACACUCGAAUUAUUUCCUCCAUUCUGAGACUCGCAUCUUCAGGUGGGAAGUCUAAAGCCUUUUCCACCUGUGGUUCUCACCUAACAGUGGUUUGCUUAUUUUAUGGAACAGGUAUUGGAGUGUACCUCAGUUCAUCUGUCUCAGCUUCUACAAAGAAUGGUGCAGUGGCCUCAGUGAUAUAUGCUGUAUUUACUCCCAUGGUGAACCCCUUCAUCUAUAGCUUGAGGAAUAAGGACAUCAAGAGAGCCUUGUUGAGGUUUCUUAGUGGAAAUACUUAA